AUGUCAGAACUGGUUUAUUCACAGCCUGGUCCCACAAAUAUUCAAACUCUUUUUUAUGUCAACGGGAUCCAGUAUAAUCCCAUUCGUUUGUUUUUAUUCCCUAUUUCUCUCUGUCUUUUUUCGUUUCUUUCCUUCUCUCUUAUUUACUUUUCUCCCUACUCCUCUUUCUCACUCUUUCACUCACUCUCAUUUGAUCUCUGUCUCUCCUUCUUUCACUGUAUUUCACUCUCUCUCUCUCUCUCUCUCUCUCUCUCUCUCGUUAUCUCUUAUUUUCCGUCUUCUCUUUUUUCUUUCUGUCUCUCUCUCUCUCUCUCUCUCUCUCUCUCAUUCUGUUUGUCUCUUAUUUUUCUCCCUAUCUCACCUUCCGUUACUUUCCUUUUUUCUUUCUUUCUUUCUUUCUUUCUUUCUUUUUCUUUCUUUGUCUCUCUCUCUAUCUAUCUAUCUUACAUUUUUUGUCAAUUUUCUCUUUUUUUCGUUUUCGUCCUUCUUCUUUGUCUAUUACUCAUUUUCUCUAUCUCUCCGCUUCUUAGUGUUUUUCGUUCUCUCUCUCUUUCUCUGUACUUCUCAUUAUCUCUCCUAUUUUCUCUCCUCUUUUUCUCUCUAUUUCCUCUCUGCCCCCCCUCUCUCUCUCUCUCUCUGUGCCACCCUUUAACUCAGCCUUCACUCUCUCUUCCCCUCUCUCUCUUCCCCCCUCUCUCUCUCUCUCUCUCUCUCUCUGUAAAAAUCUCGUUCUCUCUUUUUCUCUUGUUUCUAUAUCUCCGUUUUUUUCCUACUUUUCCCUAUAUCACUCAUUUUCUUUCCUUGUUUGUGUCAUGCAUUCUCUCUCUCUCGCUCUCUCUCUCUCUCUCUUAUUCUUUCUAG